GAGGGAAUAGAAAGAGAGAGAAUGGGAGGAAGAAAAAUGGAGAAGGCAGAGAAUAAAGAAGAGGUUUCUCUAAGAGAACUUAGUGAGAGAGUAGCGGAAUUCGGUCGGGUCAGAGGUUGGGAUAAGUACCACACCCCAAGAAACCUCCUCCUUGCCUUAGUAGGAGAAGUGGGAGAAGUUUCAGAGAUAUUCCAAUGGAAAGGGGAAGUCGGAAAAGGGCUGCCGGACUGGUCCGCCGCCGACAAGGAGCAUUUGGAAGAUGAGCUUUCCGACGUCUUCCUCUAUUUGCUUCGUCUUGCUGAUGUAUGUGGCCUUGAUCUUGCUCAAGCUGCCCUUUCCAAGAUCCUUAAAAAUGCCUCUAAAUACCCUCUCAAUAAUCCGCACCAACAACAAAUUCAACCUUAGUCCCAUCAUAUAUAUCUUAACCAAUUCUACUAUGUAUGUCCUAUCUUAUUUUAUCUUCUCCUUCUUCAAUCUUAUAUGGAUUAAAUUAUAAAAGAUUCUACUUUGAACUUUUUUUUUUUUUUUUUUAAUUUUAUAAAUGUUCUCGUAGUUUUAAAAGUUGUAAUGUUAUCCCUGACUAUUCAUAAGUGUUUAGAAACUACUAUUAGUAGAGGAUUUUUUUUUAAAUUCUUUACACAAGUUGAGAUAUGAAAUGAAUGAUGAAAGUUUAGAUUGAUUACCACAUCAUUUUAAGUUAUUGUCACUCGGUUCUCUUA